GAGCAUACGACGGUUAUCGUGUGUGGAUUAAUCCUAGUCAUUCACCUCAAUUUGCUGCAUCAAUUGUGAUAGGUUUACUUCUGCUCGUUUGGGUACGAUAAGAUAGUUCACGGUGAGGCAAUCACGCAGCCAUACGAAGGAAGGAACCAUCGAAACACUUCGUUGUCCCGUUGCAGGAUUGAUUGCUUCAGUCGCCAGCAAGAUGUCUGGUGAUGUUGCCGGUGACGGUGCGGCACGGUACGAUCACUACCGGUUGUAUCGUGUCGAGUUGGCCACGGAGGAGCAUGUGCAAUUGUUUCAGCAGCUGGAAGCAAAGAGUGAUAGCUGCACGUUCUAUGGCCAUGCGCGGCAACCCGGCCAGCAGCUAACCAUCAUGGUGUCCGCAAGCAAGGUGGCCGAUUUUGAGGAUCUGCUCGCACUGCACACGGUAAGUGGCCGUGUGCUGGAGCGCAAUAUGCAGCAGCUGAUUGAUCGUGAAGCGGCCAAGGUGCAACCGGUCACGACGGACCCGAGCACGCUUGAUUGGGAGCACUACUAUCAGCUGGAAACGAUCUACACCUGGAUGGAUUGGAUUGCACGGCAGUAUCCCGAUUGUGUGGAAACACUCGAAAUUGGGCACAGCUACGAGGGUCGUCCCAUAAAGGGGUUAAAGCUGUCGCGCCGCCCGGCCAAUAAAGCGAUCGUGGUGGAGGGUGGAAUACAUGCGCGGGAGUGGAUUUCACCGGCAACGGCAACCUUUCUGAUGAGCGAGCUGAUCACGUCGGAGGAACCGUCCGUGCGGGAGAUCGGUACCGCGUACGACUGGUACUUCUUCCCGAUCGUUAAUCCGGACGGUUACCGGUUUACCUUUACCGGAGAUCGACUCUGGCGCAAGAACCGCAAACCGUACGGACUGUGCCGUGGGGUGGAUUUGAAUCGCAACUUCGCCAGCAACUGGGGUGGCAUCGGAUCGAGCGAUGAUCCGUGCAGUUACGACUUUUCCGGCAGUGGCCCAUUCUCCGAACCGGAAUCGCUUGCGCUUGCAAACUUCGUGCAGGCGAACGUUGAAACAGCUCGCAUCCGAACGUACAUCGCGCUACACUCAUACUCCCAGCUGCUCAUGUUCCCGUACGGACACACCGCCGAUAAGGUUCCGAACUACAACCACCUGCAGUCGAUCACGGACAAAGCAAUCGCGGCACUGACGGCGGUCAACGGGACGGAAUAUCGGGGCGGUAGCAAGCACGAAACCAUCUACCCGUCCAGCGGCGGUUCGAUCGAUUGGGCGUACAAAACCGGCAACAUACCGGUGUCACUUACGUUCGAGCUACGCGGACCACCGGACUCGACCGACAUGUUUAUCCUCCCAGCGGACCAAAUACUGCCGGUCGGUCGGGAAACGCUCGCCGCGUUUGUAGCGAUUGUGCGUGAAGCGGCACGGCUCGGUUACUACGACGACAACUAGACGUGCGAUUGGGGGGGAAAUAAAAAUAUCUUCGUGUUAUCGCACCGCUCUACAGCCCGAAGCAAACCAGCCUGCAUAUCCAUUAAUCGAACAGUGCGCGCACAGCUAAAUUUAUACGAAAAUUUUAUUGAUUAGUUUUGGGUUUGCAAGCGCUCGCAACCGAGUGAGGUGAAAAUUUGUGACCAAACAAAGGAACGACUAUGGAGAAAAAGCUAUAUCGUAUAGUAAGUGUCCGGUAACGUUACAUCUGAAAAAAA